GAUUGACUGGUCCUCGGUGUUUGCGCCCAACCGCAUUGAUUGGCGCGUAGAUGUUGGGCAGGUAUCGCUGCUGAAUACGCGCACCUACUUCGAUAAGCGUGUAGACUUCAGAGACGACUUGGACCGUCUACUCUCUGCGCCAGAUCAGGUGCUGCUGUUGCGCGGGAACAAUCGGCUUGUGAAGCCUAUCUAUGGUGAAGGUUGCGAUUUGCAAAUGCCGCAUUUGUUGAGUCGCAUUACUCGAUUUCUUUUCUCACCAAGCGUGUAUCUCGAGCAAACAAUAAACGAUAUCGCCGACGAGCUAGGCCUACUGCCAAAUGCAGUGUCCUCUCCUGCUCUUGAGGAGAGCACACAUCAAGUCGAAAUAACCUCGACGGCGCAGGUGCAAGACGAAAGGCAUCCCGUAGACACGGCACACCGAGAACGACCCCACCGCCUGGCCCCGUACAUCAGCAUUCACUAUCGUACAGGCGACAUCGCGUUUGAUCCGCAUCGGCAUAAUUCCUCAGUUGUAGAGUUUUUGCAGUGUGCGAUGCAAAUAGAGCGCGAUCUAGCGUUGCCUCCGGACACGCCUUGGCUUCUCUUAUGGUUGGAGAUGACAACGAGUGCACCAACUUCCUCUUCCUCUCGUCCGCUAGAAUUCGUACUCAAUUGAUCAAGGAAAUCUGUCACUCUCGCGCGGGGAGGGAUCUUGCUAUUUACUGCAUCAACAUGCCCGAAAAAAUUGUAAGAAAAUCGCCACCGCAAUAGGGUGGAAGGAGUCGGAAAUCCUGCAAAAGACACCGCCGCCCAAAAGUUGCCAAAAACUGCAAGAAAGCCGCAGCCGUGUCGGGGUGUUUCGGUUGGCUUUUUGUGGUGUUUUGUGUAUUCACCGCCCACGGCUCCGGUUUUUGCGUGCUUGUCGUGUCUUCCUUCUCCGGCGGCAGUCGGGUGGGUCGUUUGCGGGGUUUGUGCUGAUCCGCCUGCCCCUGGCGCCUGAGGAUCUGGCUGCCCGUUUUUUCUGUUCGUGUGUGUUCUCCUCAUGGAUCGCGACGGCAUGGCGCUGGCCAGGUCUGUGGAUGUGUCUUUGGCAGUGUGGCUUCUGUGCCCGAGGAUCUGGCUGCCCGUUUUUUCUGUUUGUGUGUCUUCUUCUCCUGAGUCGUGACGGCAGGGCGCUGGCCAGGCCUGUGGGAGUGUCGUUGGCAAUGUGGCCGCUGCGCCUGGGGAUCUGACUGCCCGUUUUUUCUGUUCCUGUGUGUUCUUCUCAUGAAUCAAUCGCGACGGCAUGGCGCUGGCCAGGUCUGUGGGAGUGUCGUUGGCAUUGUGCCCUCUGCGGCCCCAGGCCUCUGAUGUUCUUUGGUUUUCGUGGGGUCUCUUCGGUCGCUUCUUUGCGUGUAAGCUACAGAAUGCGCCGCCUUUUUGUUCGUGAUUUGCGUGUAGGCUACAGAACAAGGCAGUUUUUUAGGCAUUGGGCGCGGGCUUGGGACUCUCAGGCGCGUCGCCAGUCGAGUCGGGCGAGCGUGGCUUGUCUGAGCCUGAAGUGCGUGGGGCUGGGGAGAAGUGCGUUGCGCGUCGUCGUGGGCAGGGAGAGUGAGGGCGCCUGCGUAGUUUGUUAGUAUGACAGGCAGACGGCAAACGGCGCGCAUUGUUAGCCGGCGGGCCGUGGGUGUUUCUGUGUGCCAUCUGCCAGCUUGAGGUUGGGCGCCUUGCUUUCUGUCGGUACUCGGUAGCGUGGGCGCGUCACGGCAGUGCCAUCGGGGCUGCGAGUGGUCUUCCCUCUUCGCUUUGCUUGACGGAUUUCCUUUUACUGGCCCCCAAGGCCAGGGACGUAAUAGAUGGAAUAAAAAGCUCUAAUCUCGCACGCGGAUAGCCUGAGACAGGUACCAGAAAGUUGGUAUAUGGACGGUGAGCAGAGGUACCGCGACUUUCUUAAUGAACAAGAGCUCGAAAAGCAGCAAGCGAAUGUGGAUGCCAGGGAAGAGGAUCAAGAACAAAACGUGACAAAAACAUCGUCUCUGCUUCCGUCUCCACGCGGUGCAAGAAGUGGUAACUAUUGCAUUGAAAUCGACGCUGUAGACAGAGUGAAUUUAAAUUUCUUGUUGCCAAUUACACUAAAAAGAACUCUUAGUCAACAAAAGUAAACUGUGACUUUUUUAUUCCCCUACAAGUAGACUCAUAAUCGUAUUUCUCGGCUCUUCUCUCAAGCUUGCCAGUUAUUCCUCAACGUGGUGAAAGAAUCUUGUUCUCCGAUGAACUCGGUCAUUUCUUCAUUUUUAUUCAUCAACGUGAUGAAAGACUUGUUCUCCAAUGAACUCGGUCAUUUCUUCAUUGUUAUUCAUCAACGUGAUGAAAGAAUCUUGUGCUCCAGUGAACUGGGUCAUUUCUUCAUUUUGAGUAAUGAAAGAAUCUUAUUCUGCAAUAUUUCUUCAUUUUGACAGAUUCUUCCACUUCGAACCUUCUGCGGAAAAAGCUGCGCGUUCCUGCCGGUGUGGGUCGCGUUCACAUUGACCGGUCUGAAUUUCAGCCUGGCGUCAAGGGCUUUCAGAACGCCUUCGGAGAGUUCUUUUUGGUUACGCAGGCACGGGCCGUCGUCCUUUCGCGUAGCUUUUUCGCUGAAACGGCCGCCGAGAUCGGGAAGAUCCGUGAUGCGUACUUCGUCACUGGUUGUGUACGCGUGGAUCUCGAGAGCAGCUGACUUAUCGCUGAUGCUGAAAAAAUACUACAGAGUGGUCUUGCUCUUGGCUAUCAUACUACUGGCAGGGCCAUGCUUUGUCCUUAAUCAGUCAGAAAUCUAGGCCCUCAACAUAUACUACAGAGUGGUGGAGGACGAUUGGGCGUGUAUAUUACUCCAAUUCAUUGUUGCAUACACAUACUACCCUACAUAUCUCAUGUUUGCGCAGCAUGAUCUUGUAAGAAUUUCGCUACCAUGCAUUCCUUGUUGGUGAUUCCUGUUUCGAUAAGAAUUUCACUACCUGUACUUGAUAGUUGUGCAUGUAUUACGUACUGGUGUCCACCUUCGGUGGGCAAAAAAGUUCUAUCAAGAAAGGUAGAACGCGAACGAGAACCAGAACCGGCGUCGCACUCAUUUACUUCAAAAGUUGCUGAUACGAUUUGUUUUUCCAUGGAGCAUACGCAAGAUGCGCUUCUGUGAAACAUGACGGAA